UGCUUAAUAGAGGAACCAAGAAACGUCCCUGUGAAAGGAGAAGUAUGUCACUGUCGUGGCCCCCGGACACACAUACCCAACCUCUGUCCCCAACGGAGUGUCCAUUCUCUGGAAAGCCACAAACAUUCCAAGAUUCGACUUGUGCUGAAUCAUCUCAAAAUCUUCAGACUCCACUGGUGUAGUGAAGAAUGUCUGGGGGAGGUGACAGGAGGUGGGGCAAGAUCCCCAAAGAGGUUAAAUAGGUCACCUCCAUACUUGGCUGCCAUCCUCACCUCCCCCCGAGCAGAAGGACCUACACUCACAGGUCCUCUCCUGGGCUCCUGGCACCAUGACUCCCCUGAAGAUGCUGCUCCUGGUCAUGCUCCUCCUGGGGGCUUCUCUUCAGGUCACCCACGCAGUGCGAGGGACCAAUGUGGGCCGGGAGUGCUGCCUCGAGUACUUCAAAGGAGCCAUUCCUCUCAAAAGGCUGAAAAUGUGGUACAAGACCUCAAGGGAGUGUCCCAAGAAAGCCAUCGUGCUUGUAACUGUCCACAACAAGUCCAUCUGUUCAGACCCCAAGGACAGGAAGGUGAAGAAGGCAGUCAGAUAUUUAAAAAGCAUGCGGGACCCUGGGCUCCAAGAAUCCUGAUUUCUGCCUGGACCAUUUGGAGACCUCCAGCCUCAGUGUUCACUACCCCAACCCCGAGCUGCCUGAGUCCAGGGGAGGUCCUACAAGGACAAAGGGGACCCUGCCCCCUUUUCUGGACUGGAACCAUAGCAGAAAGAGCCCAGAUUAAAGUCUCUCCUUCGUGGAUACCUGGGUGGCUCAGUCGGUUAGGCGUCUGCCUUCGGCUCAGGUCAUGAUCCCGGGGUCCUGGGAUCGAGC